CUAAAUAUAUGUCCUUUUUUUGUCUUACUCUGAAACCUAUGCUAAUAGUACAACGAUAACUCAUUCUGAACUAUCUUCGGAACAAUUAUGAUAGUUAUAGUUUUACAGUUAUAACAGUUAUAACAGUCACAGUUAUAACCGUUACAGUUAACCGUCCAAAAACUGUAACUGGUGCAUGCCUAUAUAUACUGCUACUUGAAUUGCCCGUUACACUAUUAGAUUCAGCUAGUUGCUAUGGAUUAGAGGGUUUAAAAAUAACUGUGACUAGCUAAAUCAAACGAUCUAUCGGGCGAUGAGUCUGAUGGCUUUUCUAGCUGAGUAGAUUGAGGAUACAUGAUCUUUAUAAAUGCAUUUUCCUUAAAGAUUCUAAAAAAUUUUGUGGACAAAUUUUCGUGAUCUUCCUUAAAAAUUUUUUAGGAAAAUGACAUUUACAUUUAAAAAUUAAAAUUUUCCGCGCUUUCCUUAAAACUUUGAGACACCACAUCCACUCCGGAAUUUUUUCAUCCAUUUCACUCUCCUAAGCAGAAUGCAUACUGCUAGUUAGCAUUACUAUACUUUAAAGAAUACUUCUACGAUUUUCUUGAAGUUUGGUUCCACUCUGCUAAGCAAGAUGCAUGUUGAAUAUUUUCAGUCUGCUUAGCAAAGUGCGUUCUACUUUUAACUGAGUUGUUCGAAUAUUAGAAGUGCUAGAGCAUGCGUUUUUAUGCUGCUAAACACCAUGCAUUCUACUAAGCAGUGUGACUUCAAUCUAUACAAAACAUGGCUUGUACGAAUAUUAUAUCAGCUAAUCUGUAACUCCUUAGCAGGCUGCACUUCCCUCAGUAGACUGAUGUUUCAGACUGUUUUCUACUUUAGAUCUUUAGCUACUUCUACUACAAGUUAUUUUUCCUUUUGGUUUUUUAUACCAAUUUUUUUUAAAUAAAUUUAUUUUAAUUGAAGAUGUAAAGAAUAAAGACAAAGAAAAAGUACAUAACAGUACAUUUUAUUGUGGUUCGCCACCAUUCCGAGGCCUCACCACAACUGCUGGUGUGAUAAAAGAUCAUCAACAGAUUGCAGAUAUCCUAGUGGAUUUUUAUGAAAAACACUUCGAAGCUUCAGGGUAUGAUCCAAAGUUAUUGGCACAUGCAGAAGCGAUUGAACCAUAUAAUAACAUUUCCUAUAUACCAAACUGUCCAUUAGAAAAGAUUACAAUGGAAGAAGUGGAAUUUACCUGGAAACGGACCCGGAAGAAAAAAUCAACCGACAGUGAGGGUAUUUCCGCGUGUCUUUUAAAACAACUUCCCGUGGAAUAUUUAAACAUUGUAACAUAUGGUUUUAAUAAAAUUGCACAAUUAGAUGUUUUAAAGUUAAGUAAACAUAGUAAAGUUAUUUGUCUUUCUAAAGACGAAAUGUAUCCGGUAAUGAAUAAACUUCGUCCUAUUAUUAUUUCUCUUCUUUCUAACUUUGAUCAAUUUGAACAACCUCGAGUCCAGCAGACAAAAGGUAAAAUAUGUAAUUUGCAACAAAAACGUCUCUAG